AGCGCCCUGGCUGCUCCGCUCCUCGGUCUGCGCGGCUUUAAGGUUCGCUGCUGGGCCGCCGACGGUGGUGCGUCAGACGCGAGUGGGGGAGAGGCGGGCCGGGAAAGGCCGGCCAGAAGCGGAACCAGGGAAACCGGGGGCGUUUGCUGCGUCGCGGUUGCGGCCGCUGCGAGAAACGGAGGGCUUCGCGGAGCUUCAGGUUCCCGGUGGUCGGAGCGAAGAAGCAAGUUCUGGAGGAGCUUGUCUGUAUUGUCAGCACUGGAGGAUGCCAAUAACACCCCCAUCUCAGCCAGCUAGAAAAAAUGUUACCUCUCCGUUAGAAAUACACCUGUAUGUGUGAAUGUAGUUUGCUGCUCAAAGUUCUUGGAGAAAGUCUCAGCGUCCGGCGCUCUUUGAAUGGCUGCUUGCUAAAGGAGGUGUCUUUGGAUGAUUCCAGCUGGAGACCUUGGGCUAUAGCUAGGUCCCUCCCAUCCCAUCCCUCCUCUCCUCUCCUCCCCUUCCCUCCCCUCCCCUCCCCCUCUUAAGGGUCCCCUUCCUGUACUCACUAAUGACUGCGUGGAUCAUCCUUCCCAUCAGCCUCUCUGCCUUCUCAAUCACUGGAAUAUGGAUCGUGUAUGCCAUGGCAGUAGUGAACCACCACGUGUGCCCUGUUGAGAACUGGUCAUACAACGAGUCUUGUUCUGCUGAUUCUACCAAACAUGGCUACCCCAAAAGCUGCUGCACCUUGGAAGAUAUCCCUUUGAUCAGUAAAUGUGGCACUUACCCUCCUGAGAGCUGUCUCUUCAGCCUUAUUGGAAACAUUGGAGCUUUCUUGGUGGCAGUCGUCUGCUUCCUGCGCUACGGGCAACUCCUAGAGCAGAGCCAAGCAUCCAGGGUGAACACGGCAGCCCUUGUCACGGGUUGCACCAACGCAGCUGGCCUUGUUGUGGUCGGGAAUUUUCAGGUGGAUUAUGCCAAGUCUCUUCACUACAUUGGAGCUGGAGUUGCCUUCCCAGCGGGUCUGCUUUUCGUCUGCCUCCAGUGCUUCCUCUCCUAUCACAUUGCUGUCUCUUCCCUGGACUUCUGGAUGGCACAUCUACGUGUUUUCCUCACCACUGUGGCCUUCAUCUCCCUUGUCCUCAGUGGCAUCUUCUUUAUCCAUGAGAGCUUCCUCCUACAGCACCUGGCUGCCAUCUGUGAAUGGGUCUUUGUCAUUGACAUCCUCGUUUUCUAUGGAACCUUCACCUACGAGUUUGGUGCCGUCUCCAACGAGACCCUAGUGGCUGCUCUGCAGCACUCAAAUGGCAGAGGCUGCAAGUCGCCAGGCAGCAGCAGCACCUCCACCCACCUGAACUGCCACCCAGAGAGCAUUGCCAUGAUAUGAGGGUGCCAGGAGAGAGGGCAGGUUCAUCCCAUCCUUUCUGCUACUGUGGCAGGCUGUCUUUGUUUCCCUGAAGGGGAAGAGGGCGUCAGCUCCGUCCUGACAAUUUUUAUACCAAGAUUGUUUUUUAAAGAAUAUAUUGCUGCCCACUCCCAGCCCCUCUGAGAAAUGGUCCAUCUUCCAAACAUACAGUGGAUCUCUUUGCCCAGCCUUGUGGCACUUUGCCUACCAGAGUCUGAUCUCCUGAUCGCUUGCCACCCUUCAGGGAGCGCCUCAGAGCCAAAAGGGUCCUCUGGCCAGCUUCAGAUAUUUGGGGUACCCAAGAACCCAGGCUCCUCUGGCAAAACUUGUGCCUCAUGGCCACCCCUUUUUUUGGGGGGGGGAAGAGUGUUUCUUAAGCUGCAGAAGGAAAUAUAUUAUGGGGGAAGCCCCCUGUGCUAGUGGAAACAUUCCUCAUCUUUUUCCAUGCCUUUUAAGAAAAUAAAUCUGAAGUGGUGGUAGGAUUUGGAACUGGGCAAGGGAGAGAGUACCCCCACCCACUAAACGUUUUCAUUCCUAAUAUACAGAGUUUUCAUCUCUUCAGCCCUGGAUAAAAUGGUUUGGUAUUUUUUAGAACUUUUUUAUAUCUUUAUCUAUAUAAAAUAUGUAUAAAAAGUUAUCAGA